UAAAAUAAUUAGCCCAUAUUAUUAUUCUACGGGACCCUUUGGCAUUUGAGUUUCGUCUUCAAAGAAACAUCAAGGCAAAAACCACAGAGACAAAAGCAGAGAUCAAAAUUCAAAGACUUUGUUUGUGUUUGGUUUCUCUGCUUCUAAUCCAUUGAUUAAUAAUCAGGUGGUUGAAGAUGGAUCGCAGAUGGUACAGUGAUAAACAAGAAACAAGCACCCACAAUAAACAGCAACUUGUUAGAGAGCAGGACUCUCUUAUUGAGGAUUUCACAGAGGAUUUUCGGUUACCAAAAGAUCACAGACCUACGGAAAAUGUUGAUCUAGACAAUGUUGAACAAGCUUCAUUGGACACAAAGUUGACAGCGUCAAAUAUUGGUUUUAGGCUUCUUCAGAAAAUGGGAUGGAAAGGAAAGGGUCUUGGAAAGGACGAGCAAGGAAUCAUUGAGCCUAUAAAAUCUGGAAUUAGAGAUCCAAAGUUAGGGAUUGGAAAACAAGAAGAAGAUGAUUUUUUUACCGCAGAAGAAAAUAUUCAGCGAAGAAAACUUGACAUUGAGGUUGAAGAAACUGAGGAACACACAAAAAAGCGGGAGGUGUUAGCUGAACGGGAGCAGAAAAUUCAAACUGAGGUAAAAGAGAUAAGGAAGGUGUUCUUUUGUGAUCUUUGCAACAAGCAAUACAAAUUGGCUAUGGAAUUUGAAGCUCAUCUGAGUUCAUACGACCAUAAUCAUAGAAAGAGAUUUAAGGAAAUGAGAGAGAUGCAUGGUACUAGCAGUCGUGAUGAUCGGCGAAAGCGAGAACUGCAACGACAGGAGAGGGAGAUGGCUAAGUUUGCACAGAUGGCAGAUGCUCAUAAACAGGAGCAGCAACAAGAAGAAUCUGCAUCUGCUCAGGUUUCCACUUCGCUUAGAAGUGGAACUGCACUUGUGGAUCAGGAUCAGCGGAGGGCAUUAAAAUUUGGGUUUUCAUCUAAAGGUGGCCUUUCAAAGUGGCCCUUUUGCAUUCACUGCACAGAACUCCUCGGCCAAAGCCGCAAAGAAGCCAAAAUCAGCUGUAGCCUCUGUUUUCAGCAAUGAUAGUGAUGAAGAACAGUGAAGUUCGGUGGUGCAUCUGUACUUCAUACUAUGCCGCAAUACUCUAGUUUUCUUUAGUUGAUGUUAUGCAUUUCAAGUGGCAUACUCGUGUAGUUCUAAGCACUUUCGUACUCUGUAGUAUGGACAGGGAGGCUGGUUACACCCUUGUUAAAAAAAUCUGCUAUGUGCAAAGCUAGUUCCCAAGACUUAGAGCCUAACUCACGGCUAAGUUUCAAGUCAGAAAAAAUAUUGACCGA